UGAAACACCCGGAAAUGAGACCAAAGCACAGAGGAAGAAAUGCUGUUGAGUUAGAAACGUAGAAAACAACAGAAAUAGUAGCUGCCAUGUGAAAAUUAUUUCGCUAUUCCUAAUAACUAAACUAUUGUUCUGAACAGAGCGUAGUUUUUAUCAAUGCAAAACAUUUUGUUUAAAAGAAAAAAGCAUCUGGUAGCUAGAGUUAAGCGUUAUUAGCCGAGCGUGAGGCAGCGGGAUGUCUGUGCACUUUGAGGAGAGGAGCGGUGUGGUCCCCUGUAAAACCCCCUGGGGGUCCUGGUACCAGACCAUGGAGGAGGUGUUUAUCGAGGUGAAUGUUCCUCACGGGACGUCCGCCAAAGAAGUGAAGUGUCGCCUGGGCUCUAAGGACAUUGAGCUACAUGUUAAAGGAAAGGAAAUAUUCAAGGGGAAUCUGUUUGGUACAACUGUUUCUGAUGAAGCUACAUGGACAUUAGAGGAUAAAUGUCUCAUCCAUAUAGUCCUAAUGAAGACCAACAGAGAAGCAGGGAACUGCUGGUCGUCUCUGUUGGAGGGGGAGUAUUGUGCCAACGCGUGGGUCCAAGAUCAGAUGCAGAGGAAACUCACACUAGAGAGGUUCCAGCGGGAAAAUCCUGGUUUUGACUUCAGUGGUGCAGAAAUCUCCGGUAAUUUUGCAGGAGGCGGCCCGGACUUUUCCAGUUUACAGAAGUAACAACUUCUAAAGGUGGACAUUUGACCAAAAUUAUGAAGUUGAUGAAUAUUUCUUUCAGAUCAUUUUUGGAUAUUUGGUUCAUGUUAAGAUGGCAACUGAGAACAAUCUUAACUUUGCAGGUCUAUUAAAAAAAAACAUAUUAACCUUUUGGCUUUUCAAUAAAGUUUUUAUUGAAAGGUACAAGCAUAUAGGUUUACCAGAUGGUGGGAAUUACAAUUUUGAAUUGAGAACACAACUCAUUAAAAAACAAAAACAAAAAAACAACACAGGGAACUGUCAAAUAUUCUAACAAUUAUUCUAUUGUAAUUACCACUUUUGUGUUCUCUGCCUAAUUGAAAACUAAUAAUUUAGCAUAAGCAAUGCUUUGUGUCUACAAAUCAGAAAUCAGUGAAAACAACUCAUCGGUAACCGCUUGGCAAAGCUGAUGUUCAGCUUCAAAUAUGAUUCGCUAGAAAUGACGAAUCAUAAACUAGCCUUAUUCACUGGAGAAAUCCAGAGCUUCCUCGCCAUAACCAAAAACUAAAAUUAUCACCUUGGGUAGGAGUGUGCAUUCACGACAGUUUAGCAACCUAGGGUGAGAGUUAAGGACUUUGGGCCUGAUUUCUUGGUUCCUUUUUUGAUGUUCACAAAAUCCUUCUCCCUCCUCUUCCACACAGUGGACUGAGGACCUAGGUGGUUCUAUACUUAUUUGCUUAAAACCAGCAACCCAAAUACCAAACAUCAUGGUAUGGAUUUAACAAGAACAUACUGUACACUCGUGCAAGCAACUCAACCACGAAAGUAAAACUAAGCCAGGAUGCAGACAAAGCAUUACUGUUCGUAGAUGGGGCAGAUGGAACAGUGCUUGAUGUAUGAUAGAUGAUUUUGGCUUUUCUUUAAAGAAGGCCAUCAUCUAUGAUGGCCAUCUGUAAAGAAAAUUAAGUUGAAUUAAGUGAGUGACCUUGUUGCUAUCCAAAUUUUGCUAAAACAACUGAAGAAACUUUAAUGAAGGUCACCCAGUUACUGAGAGCUCAGGUAGAGAUUUCAAUUGGCUGACUCUGGGAUGGUGGGUAGAUGAGUGAUUUUGUAGUAGCUGUGCUUCAGCUGGCGUGCAGUUCUUCCUGAAAUGGUCCAGCGAAGUCUUUGACUGUUUGGCCUGGAGCACUUGGAGGUGGCAUAUUCAGUCAGGCACUUCCCGACCAGCUCUCGCACGCAAACCAGAUCACCAUCCUUGAUCUACAGCGAUAAGCACAAAUUAUUAUUAUGUGGAGUAAAGUUGCCCAGAUUUCAUUGAACACUGAUCACUUACAUAAAGCUGCAUCUGAAUAGAGAAAAGGGCAUCAAAUAUCUUGUCACUGUGCUCUGGAUCAUGUUGCUCACAAAGUUCAAAGCUCAAUAGAGCAAGAGCUAGCAGAGAUGGCUACAAACAAAGUACAAUUCAGAUUAACCGAAGAUUAGCAGCAGCAUUUCAUGUCAAACAAGCAGGAUGAACUCUCUGUAGCUCACCUUAAUUUUGGUGAAAACAAAUGAGCAGUGACAGACUUUCAGUUGAGCCUCCAGUCUUUCAGUGCUCAGGAUCUUCUUACUAUUAAAUAAAAAACAAAACAAAAAAAAAAACUGUAAUCCUUGGCUAUUUCACACAGGGAAAUGUCACUUAAAUGCAUGAUGCUUGUAGGUGCACGUGCCUGAUGGACCUAAAUUAUAUUUUUCUCUAGUGCUCCCUUCAAAUGCUAAAUAUGAGACACGUUUUAGUUCUGUGAAACUAGUUGAGUCAUAAGACUCAACCUCCAUGUGACCAUCCUCACCUCUCAUCAUCAAGCUGCUCCUGGAUGUGGCGGUGAAAAAGGCGGAGAAAGCGCAGUGUUGUGGGGGCCUUCACCUUCCAGUGGAGCUUCUCCAUGAUUAUCUUCUCCAUCCUCAUCAUGUCAGACACCGUGAAGCGGUUCUGAGUGAUGCGGAUCAGAUCAUUGGCAAGAGGCACAUUCUUCUCCUCUUCAUUAGACUUCACAGCAAUGUAGAAGCAGCACAAACCCACACAGGACAGGUGUUUGGGCUGAAUCUAUUCAGAAACAAUAUAUAAUCUUGAGUUAUUUGAACAUAAUUUUACAUUCCACUUGUUUGUUUUUUUUGUACAGACCUUCAUGACUGACAGAAAUCGAUCCAGGAGGCUGAUAGCCAGAGAAAAGGUCUCAGAACUGAAUCCAAAGAACCUGGUCAAAGACAGCAGGUCCCUCACCUCCAGUUCCCGCAGUUUGGUGGUCAUUCGGAGCCCAUUGUCCUGCGCACUCUCCAGAUAUCUCAGGCCUCCAAGUUUUGGCUGGUAUCUGCCCUCCUGGUCCAUUAAAGCCUUGAGCUGCACUGCAAAGGGCAGUGCUCCCGGGGCAGUGACUGUAUCAAUCAUCUACAAAUAGGCACAAGAAGAAAACAGUAUAUAAAGUAUGUAAGUGAAGAACAAAAAAUGAACCACUCAACAGGUAAGAAGCAUACUGUGACUGUAACAAAAAACAUUUUAAGUUUACCUAAUGUUAAUGUAACGUUAGUUCAAAAUAAACAUAGCAUUUAUUCACAAGUAUUCUAGCACUUAUGUGAGAAUCAAAUUCACCAGUAAUGACAGAGACCUGGUUAUUAUUAUAACGUUUGAUCCCGAGCUCGAUACUCGCAUUUAGUCACCAGCAAUGACAAGGCGUUAAAUUUGACUACAUAUCGAUAAGUAACUUUACACUAUAAUGCGAGUGCGUGAGAAGCAGAGGAGAGGGACACUUCCAAAUAAGGCCUCGACCCAGCUGUCACCAGACUGGACUGAACUGGAAAGAGACACCCGUUCAAAUCAUCUCAACACUAAAUCUUUUAAUCACUAGUUAUUCAAAGAUUCCUACUCAGAUAAAUACGAUAAAAUGUUGCGUAAUUACGAUGAGAUGAAGAAUUAAAUGUGUCUCUUCUUCAAGCUAAAGGCCUUGAAAGCGGCAGUGGGCUGAGCCUGCGUCAUGUCAGGACAUGUCCCUGCCAUACAAACAAACGGAAAACUAGCACAAGAUAGAAAGAAAUAACACGUAUCAAAUCUGAACAUUUACUGGAAACUGAGCAUUAAUUAGUAAAGGCAAAAUAAAAAGCAAGAAAGACACUAAAAUAUGGGCCGGAAUAGUUUUCAAACAGCUCCUGAAUGUUAAUCGAUAGCUUACGUGCUAACGCAACUAUAAAAUCGGAGAUAUCGCGUUCGCUUUGUAUUUUUUUUUUUUUUAAGUAUUUAACCACACAACAUUGACCAUAUGUAAAACAGCAUUAACAUAAUAAGCCAAUAAUUGCCAUUGGCCUUUAUAAAUAAGGACGUAGAAGGAAAAUGUAGCUACUUACCUUGGCAAGUUGGGUUGUGUGGAUUGCUAAAAACAAAACAAAAGCUUCACACGCUUAAACUAAGCGAAUGAAAAUGAGUGCAAGUAUGAACUUUCACUUAAGAAAGUUUUAAGCAGAGUUUAAUUUCUGCCUAAGCACACCCCCCUACCCUUGGCGUAAGGCGAUGGGGAAAA